AGAGGUAACCAGAAGAGAAAUGCUCUUUCCUUUCAUGUCUCUGUGUUUUCGCAGGUAAAGUGUUUCCGACUCUGUACUGUAAACAUCGUAAGGGAUCUUUUGUCUGUCGCAGCCUCUGGUUUCUGUCGUUGUGCGUCAAGUCCACAGCUCUUUCGUCCGCCUGUUUCCUGUUCGUCGGUAUUUCUUCCUCGUAGAGAAACUCAUGGCUGCUUCAGGUGCGUCGGUGGACCAGAGGUUCUGCUUCCAGGAGGUGUUCGACUCCUUCAAACUGUGUCUGUCGGAAAACAAAGAAGUUUACCUUGAACACUACGUGGACGGGUGGCGGGGGCUUGUGAAGUUUCUGAACUGCCUGGGAAGCGUCUUCGGCUUCAUCGCCAAGGACGCCGUGAACAAGGUCCAGGUCCUGGUCGCCCUCAUGAGCGGCGAGAGCGGCUCUCAGUACGCCACCAUCCAGUCGAUGGUGAAGUACGAGCUGGACAAUGGCCUCGUGGACGUGACCAAGAGGGGCAGCCACCCGGAGUCGGGCUGCCGCACUCUGCUGCGGCUCCACCGCGCGCUGAGGUGGCUGGAGCUCUUCCUGGAGCGACUGCGCACCAGCGGCGAGGACGGCAAGACCUCCGUCAUGUGCGCGGAGGCCUACAACGAGUCCCUGUCCCAGCACCACCCCUGGGUGAUCCGCAAGGCCGCGGGCGUGGCGUUCUGCGUGCUGCCCGGCCGCCCGGCUUUCUUCGAAGUGAUGAACGUCGGCUCGACGGAGCAGGUGGUGGCCAUGCUGGGAGGAGCCCUGCCUCUGAUCUCUGAGGUGUACAACAUCACGGAGGAACUCUACGCUCAACAUAAUCUGCUCGAUUUACCGUAGAUUACACUACGGGGCACCUACUGUACGUGUCGCGGCUGACGAGCCGUCGAGCGAGCUGCUACUACUGUUCAGUGAUUUAAGGGUUGUGUGUGUUAUCUGUGUGUUGUUAGGGCCAAAAUAAUAAAUCAUAAUGUCACUGACUCUAAUCUGUAUUUACUGCAUUGACCAGAUUCGAAUAUAAAACUACUGUUGAUUAUAAUAUUUCGUGUUUGUCUCUAUACUCUCGGUGAUGUGCCUCUGAAUCGUCUUUUAAAUUCAGCUUUAGCUUGUAGAUUCAUUUAUUUUAAUUUUUGAUUGAAAUAGAUGAAGGGAACUUCAAGUGGGAAUCACCGUGGUUACCUUGCUGCUUGCUUUCAUUAUUUAUCAAAAAACAAAUUGACACUAAAUGUUUUUAAGCUCCAGUGUUCAACUUUCCAGGUUUUGCAAACGUAAGAAACUUGCUGCUUUUCUUUUGUCUUACAUCCGAAUGAAGUGGAUUGAUUUUUGACCGAUUGGAUUUGAUAAUCGGCCAGUUAAUUAAUGAAGAAAAUAAUUGUGAGUUGCAACCAUCUUUAUAUCAGAUACCGAUCUUGAUUUCUACAUAAUCCAAAAUUAUUGUAGCAAAAUCUGAGCACACUCUGAAAGUAUGAAUCAAAAGUGCUGGAAUGAAGUCAAUCCUUUAAUUUCUCACAGAAUUGUCCCAUCUGCAAACCUGCUUUAGAAAAAUGUGUAUUGUUAAAUUAUGGGAACAGAAUUACAGAGUUGUUAAUCUCACUAUGAUUUUUUUUUUUUAAUUUUAAAUACAUAAAGAACAAACAACAUGCCUUGUUUAUAGCUAAUGUACAGGAUAUGAUGGAUGAUUUAUUUGAGGUGAAUAGUGCAUUGAUUUAUAAGAAUGUACUGUACUGUAUAUUAUAUAUAUAUAUAUGUGUAUUACUAUGAAUUCAAUCAGAACUCAACACUGUUAAUAAAAGAAAUUCCACGUG